CGCUAUAUAAGAAUGGCACAGUAACAUGUUCUUGGACUGCAAACAAAUCAACAAUGACAUCUGUGAAACCAGUUCAGAUCCACAGGUGCUCUACAACGUUACUUACAUGACAAAGUUGCAAUGGAGAACUUCUCCAUAUUUGGUUAUGCCAUCAGAAAGGGAAGCUUGUGAAAUGUCUUGCCUGGAAGAUUGCAAUUGUGGGGCGGCGCUAUAUAAGAAUGGCAGUUGUGAGAAAUAUAAGCUCCCGCUUCAAUAUGGCAGACAUAAUGUUCAGAACGCUUCAGGCACUGCCAUCUUCAAGACGCCUUUAAGAAAUAAAACCACUACGGACUACCCUAUCUCAUUUGAAAGGAAAUUUCACAUUGAUGACAAGAAAAGUCUUAUUUUAACUCUACUCCUGACUUUGGGUUCCAUUUCAUUCAUUUCCUUAGUGUUUGCGAUGUCUAUUUUCUUUUUCUACAAGCAUCAAGUCUAUUCAUACACAAAGCUUUCUGAAAGUGCCAAUCUGAUGAGGUUUAAUGAGGAUUGUUGUUUACGAACAUUUUCCUUUGAUGAAUUGGUGAACUUAACAGGAAACUUUGAAGAAGAGAUUGGUAGAGGAUCUUUUGGAAUAGUUUAUAAGGGUGCAAUAUGCGGAUGUAACAAAAGGAUUGCCGUGAAGAAAUUAGAUGUAGUUGUUGAUGAAGGGGAGAGGGAGUUUCAAGCUGAAAUAACUGCAAUUGGCCGAACUCAUCAUAGAAAUCUUGUUAAGCUCAUUGGUUAUUGCAUUGAGGGUUCAAACAAGCUUCUUGUCUAUGAAUAUAUGAGCAAUGGGUCAUUAGCAGAUUUUUUAUUCAAAGCUGAAAUGCGCUUGUCAUGGGGACAAAGAGUCAAGAUUGCAUUGGAUGUAGCAAGAGCCAUUUUGUAUCUCCAUGAGGAGUGUGAAGUUGUAUUGUCCAUUGCAAUAUUAAGCCACAUAAUAUACUUAUGGAUGAAAUGUGGACUGCAAAAUUAUCUGAUUUUGGACUUGCAAGGCUAGUAAUGCCAGAACAUUCCAGAGCUACAGAUGGAAAUCAAAUAACAAGCAGUUACAUGGCACCUGAAUGGCAGAAAGCUGCAUCAACAUCUGUAAAAGUCGACAUCUAUAGUUAUGGCAAAGUAUUGCUAGAGAUCAUAUGUUGCAGACAGAGUAUAGAUUUACAUGCUUCCUCCACUGAGGAGAUAAUGCUUUCAAGCUGGGUACAUAAUUGCUUUGUGAGAGGGGAUUGAGCAAACUAGUAGUAGAUGAAGAUGUGGAAUGGAACACAAUGGAAAGAAUGGUGAAGGUGGGGUUGUGGUGUGUCCAGGAGGACUUAUCUUUACGUCCUUCAAUGAAGAAUGUGAUAUUGAUGUUGGAAGGGAUAAAAACGUAUCCCAAUUCCUCCAUCACCAACCCCCCUUGUUUGAUAAUCUUCAAUAUUAUAUGGAGCUUAUUGCAUAAGAAUAUUAAUCAAUCCAUGUAAUUGUCCAUUCUCAUUCCAGUUUGUAUUUACCCUAUCUAUGUAUCCUAGCUAAGCAUGCUAUUGCAAUAUAUAUAUAUAUAUAUAUACAUAUAUUAUUCUUGUA